AUGAGCACCUCAACUGGAGAAAAAUACUAUCUGGGUGUAGAUGUAGGCACCGGUUCCGCACGCGCUGCCUUGGUUUCGCCUACAGGCCAACUUUUGGCAUCGUCCACUCAAGCGACUACAACAUGGCGUUCUGACACUGACGCUCGUAUUUUUGAACAAUCUACGACGGAAAUCUGGAAACAAAUUUGUAUUGCUACGCGGGAAUGCCUCGCGACUGCCAAAGUUUCCCCUUCUGACGUUGCUGGAAUUGGGUUCGACGCGACUUGUUCGCUAGCUGUUACUAAUCGACAAGGAGAGCCUGUUUGUGUGACUGGUGGGAAAGAGCUAGGAGGCACGGGAGAGAGAAAUAUCGUGUUGUGGGCAGAUCAUCGUGCUGAAGAGGAGGCGGGAAUUAUCAACUCGAGCGGAGCUGUCGUAUUGGACUAUGUCGGAGGCACGAUGAGUCUCGAGAUGGAGAUUCCCAAAAUCCUCUGGCUCAGCAGACACAUGUCUCCUGAGAAAUUCGCCCAAUGCCAAUUCUUUGAUUUACCCGAUUGGCUGACGUACAAGUCGACCGGUUCGCAAGCUCGCUCCACUUGUUCUUUGACAUGCAAAUGCUCGUUUGUUCCGCCCGGUGCGACCGAGGCAGCACACGGCUGGGUACCCGAGUUUUUCAGGAAGAUUGGGCUAGGAUCGUUGGUGGAUGAUGGUUUCGCCGCGUUGGGCGGAUGGGGCGUGACUGCUCCUUCGGACAAGAAUGGCGAUCCCGGAAUCGUCUUGACAGCCGGUCAACCUGUUGGACAUGGUCUGACGAAACAGGCGGCCGAGGAGCUUGGACUGGUCGAGGGCACGCCCGUAGGAAGCGCUGUGAUUGAUGCUUACGCAGGCUGGAUUGGUACCGUUGCGGCCCGGUACAAGACCAAAUCUGGGGAAGAACUGAGUCCUGCACCUGGACUUGAGGCGUCUGGUGAGCGGCUGGCAGCUGUGGCUGGGACGAGUACGUGUCAUGUCAUUCAGAGCCCCAAGGGAAUUUUUGUUCCUGGUGUUUGGGGACCCUACAAGAAUGCUGUGUUCCCUGGGUGGUGGAUGAAUGAGGGUGGACAGUCGAGUACUGGCCAGCUCAUCGACUUUGUUUUGACCACCCAUGCUGCCUACCCGCGCCUUCAAGCGCUCGCCAAAGAACAGCAAAAGAGUGUGCAUGUUGUAUUGGCUGAGAAACUCGAAGCAUUGAGACUGGAAGCCGGAGCAGAUAGCCUAGUCGAACUAACCAAGGACGUCCAUUUCUAUCCUGAUUUACACGGCAACCGAUCUCCUCUUGCCGACCCACAGAUGCGCGGCUCGAUCGUCGGUCUCAAGCUCGACUCUGGACUGGGCGACCUUGCACUCAAAUUCAAUGUCACUCUCGAAGCUAUCGCCCUUCAAACGAGGCAUAUCGUCGAGACUAUGAAUGCGCGUGGACAUACUGUUCGGUCGAUCUUCAUGUCUGGUGGACAGGCUGCGAAUACCAAGUUGAUGCAAUUGUUUGCGGAUACGAUCGGCGUUCCGGUUAUACUGCCUCAAUCCCACUCGGCGGCGGUUGUGCUCGGCGCAGCAAUGCUCGGAAGGUUCGCAGCUGAAGUGGUAGCGAUGGGAUCGGAUAGGCAAUCUUAUGCGGACCAAAAAGUGGCGGAAGAGGCGAGUGAAAAGACCAAGGAGGAUCUAUGGAAAAUUAUGGUGGAAAUGACACCGCCCGGCACGGAAGUUCAUCCCAAGGCCUCGCCCAAGGAAUCCAAACUGCUCGACGCCAAGUAUAGCAUCUUUUUGGAGGCGAUUGAUAUUCAGAGGAGGUGGAGACGGGAAAUGGCGGCUGCGGGAACAAGAAGGCAGCAACAUAAUGAAACGAGGGCGUCGGCUGCCGUGUCGCGGGAACGAAGGACGGGUGGUGUGGACGCGUGUCACGUGGGCGUGGAUAUGAGCGCAAAGGGGAGGGGGGAUUUGCAACCGAAACGAGCAACGUCAAUUGAGAACUUGGCACGCGCGGAAGUAGUUGAAGCAACCCACGUCAACGCCGCCUCCGAGUUCGUAUUCUUAUUCUUAUUCGUGUUCGACCACGCCUUUGGCCUGUUCGAGCGAACAUACGACACCUCAUUCCAGUCGACCGACGACGCCGACGCCGAGGGGAACACCGAUCUACGGACGAUUCAGCAUGUCUAUUCCCGCAGUGCAUCCGUAUCUUCUCUCGCCACGAACCCUGCGAUCCGACCGCUUCCUGCGCUCCCACCGUCCCACUCCCAGGUGUCCCUCGCCGCCACUACUACGUCCGCUAGCACCGUGCGGCCGUUACCUGUGCCCCAACCAGCUGCGAACAUGAACACUGCGUCGCUCUUGAGCGUUGACGAGGCGCCGUUGGGGUCGGCUGGGGCUCCGGUUCGAGACCCGGUCGAGGAGAAUAGUUGUUUGGGGGAUCGGACUGUGAAUGUCCUGGCUCCGCCUCGGACGGUUUCAAAUCAGGACCUAUCUGGCCAUGGGUCCGCGUCUGAUUCCCAGCUACAGCCGACAGCGACGACGACAGAGGCAUCGCAGUCGACGGCUACAUUACACCCCACCUCGUCCGCAUCCCCCGCUUCGUCCGUCCAGCCCUCCCCGACCUCGAACUCGGCCUCGACACAGCCAUCCCCGAUCACACCGUCCAGGCCGUCGCCGCUCGCCCGGCUGAACAGGAAAAAACGCCAACUGUCUCGGGACUUGCUCAAGUUUGGCGAGUCGGCUGAUUCGUUGGCUGUCCCCACGCCCUCUGGAGUCGACUUUGAGAUGAUCCCCCAGCACCAUAUGCAGACCCAGCAACAACACUUGAGUGGUGCCCAGUCUCCGACUAAAAAUGCUCAGCCCCCGACCCCUGGGAAACCGCCCCGCUUGAACCUCGGUUUAUUCUCAUCCCGCGCACGCAAAGAGUCCAAUGUUGGUGGUGUUGUGUCCAGCCGACGACCGAGCACACCAGGUAGCGGGGGAUUGUUUAUGAGGAGUGGGAGUGCGGGGAGCGAGGCCAGUACCACCACCACCGAGGACCCCACAUUGCUCGGCCCCAAUGCAAACAGCGUACGAAAACGAGGAAGCACGACGACGGGAAUGUUCCGCUCGCCUAGCCCUAGUUCAGGUCCAGGUGCAGUCGGAAUGCGAAAAGCUGCGAGCGCAGGGGCCGGUCCUAUCGUUUCUGCCGCUUCCAACGAUCUCUCCUCGUCCGCAGCUGGCUCGUCUACCGAGACCCCUGCUUUGAGCUGCGAUAAACCAAAUGCAUUGGCUCAGCCUACCAAACCUCUGAAGCUUAAAUCCCAGGCCCAGGGAUUGUUGAACACCGCCAUCGGGAUCGGGAUGAGUCUGGGUGGCAGAGGGAGCAUCAAUGUGAUGCCUACUAGUCCAAGUAUCGCCGCUGCGCUCGAGUACAUGAGGAACGAACACGACCCACCCCGUCGCUCUGUUCUGGAUGAGAAGCGAGAUGAACAUGGGGUUUAUGGUGCCGAAUCGACAGGAGAGGACAAUGCGAGGAAAACGAUGGAGCGGGAUCGAGGGAACAUGGAGCUAGCAGGUCGCGAGAACAUUUGGGCGAAGGAUCAGGCGACCGAUCUGACUCGCAGUUCGGGAGAUACGUUUGAUGACGAGUCGGAUGCUGAGAGUCAAAAGGUCCAUGGGCAACCUAGUAUUUCGGAUUUUGCGUCCAAGGGCCACAAGGCGAGCUUUUCAGAUGCUGGCAAGUCGAGCUUCUCGGAUACGGGCGCAACGUCGUCGGGUCCUUCGUCGAGCGUGAAUUCGUUGUUGUCUAAUCAUACCAAUACCGGGACCAGCGCGCACACUGAUGCGGAUGACCAUCCUUCGCAUGCCGUAGAUACGGGCAGCACAGACGACCAUCUCGUUGUCCACGACGAGGAAGAUCAACAUGAAGCCGACGCCUCGUUUAGCUCCGAGCCCUGCUUCGAUCAGGCCUUUUCGUUUAAUCCCUCGGCCAGACCCCAACCCCGCGCGGCUCAAGAUCCGGACAAGCGUGUGUCGACGGCGUCGAGUCAGCGCACGUUGACGGCCUGGAACACGGGCGGGUUCGUAUUCCCCAACAAUAACGCCAAUGCCGAGCAGCAACAAGGUGGUGCUCCCCUGGCCCGACUCCAUACGACCGAUGGGAACCUGGAUGUCGAGCACGAGGUUGAAUCCGAGCCUCUCCCCAAGCCUACUCCCCGUCCGGCCAGACUGGGUCAACUGGCCGGGUCGCUCAAGCGUCGGAGCGCGUCGAUGAGCAUCCUUUUACCGCCCAUGAUGAGUCCCAGAAGCCCCGGUCCCGAAAGCGAAGCGUCCAGUCCUGGUCUGAUGCCUACGUCGCCCCCGCCGCCUAUGCCUACCCGACACGCCCAUUUUGAUGGCGCGGUCACCGACUCGGAGGGAACUGCCCCCGUGCGCAAACGAAGCCGUCGAGUACCCGGCGGGAUCAAGGGCAAGAUCGCGGCUUGGACUGCAGCGGCGGACCCGCAGCACCGACCGAAAAAACAUACGAACCGCGAGGCCGAGCCGCGUCGCUCGGAUUCUCCGCACCACCAAGGAUACCCGUAUUCCCAUUCGCCAGCGUCGGCGCCGGCCCUACAAGUCCACACGCAUGUUCAUAUCCCACAGCUCCCCGCCGCCGCCCAGACGCCGCUCAUGUCGAUCGCGGCGCUCGCUCCUGCCGCGCGGGACCUUGCGCUCGGCGUCGGAAAGCGGGUCGAGAAGUUUUACAGGGCGAGAAGUGCGAGCGGGGCGGGCCACGAACAGCGUCCGUCCUUGGGCGGGAUGCGAACGACGUCAUCGACCGGGCGCGGCGCACACACCAACGCCCAUGCCAACACCCACGCCAACACGAUCGGACUCGGACUGGGCGUCGAGCCUGUCUUGUCUGCGCCCCUUCGGCCUGCUGUGCCCGGUGCGUCGGGUCUGGUGUUUGGGCGCGCGCUGGAGGAUCCGAGUGUUCCGCGCGACAUGGACGGCUGGACGGAUGAAAUUUUGGGCGUGAGGCGGUGUGUGGGGUUGCCUGUCUUUGUGUCACGCAGUGUGAGGCAUUUGGAGCGCUGGGGAGGCGACGAGGAAGGGCUGUUUAGGAUUUCGGGGCGGCCGUCGCAUGUGUCGAGGUUGAGGGCCGAGUUUGAUGCGGGUGCGGAUUAUGAUUUGUACGAGAUUCCGCCGAGCGAUUUGGAUCCUCACGCCGUGUCGUCGUUGUUCAAGGCCUACCUGCGACAACUUCCCGAGCCCAUUUUGACCCGGGCACUCAAGGGUCAAUUCGACAUGGCCAUGACUGCUACGGACAGCACCUCCAAUGCUUCGUUUGACAUUUCUAAACUCCCCACUAGUAUGACCUCGUUUGGCGAGUCAUCUGAAAAUAUGCGCUCGUUGGACGACGCGCUCUUGGCUGAUAUCAAGGUCCUCAUCGACCACUACCCCAAGCCAACUAUAACCUCUUGCACGAGCUCUGUCAUUUAUUGCGAUACCACCGAACAUGCGCACACGACCAAGAUGCCGAUCGGGAACUUGCUUUUGCUGUUUUGCCCGACGCUGGGGCUCAGCGCUGGGUUCUUGAAGUGUUUGGUCGAAGGGCAGGAUGUGUUGUUCGAGUGGGGGAGAAAGCCGCCUGCUGAAUCUUUGCUUCCUGUGCCGUUGGCCCUCGAUCGACCAAAACGUCGGUUUCGACUGUGA